CGCACGCGGCGCACUCAUCCCUCUCCUCUCUCCUCUCCUUGUCGAUCGCGUCGCGCAAUGCGCAUGCCGCAGCUCGCUACUACCCACGUUCUCCCUCAUCACCUCCUCUCGCCAUCGCUGAUAACCGACUCCUCCUCCUUCUCGUCCUCGUCUCUCGUCUCUAUAAAAAACCCCGCCUCCGCGACCCCGGCCCCGGCCACGACCCAAUCAAUCGAUCCAGCACAGUUAGUGGAGCCAGCAGACCGAGGCCAUCGAUCGCCACCGCCGAAACCCUCCCUCCAGUCGAUGGCGACUGGGUCCGCGACCAAGGACUCCGCCGCCGCACCUCGCCGUUUCGCCUUGGCCUGCGGCGCGCUCAGCCAGUUCGUCAAGGCGUCUGGCGCGGCGGCGAGCGUGGCGGCUGCAGCGCAGGAAACCCACGGCCCGCCGGCCGAGGGUGCGCAGCAGCUGACGAUCUUCUACGGGGGGAGGGUGGUGGUGCUCGACGGCUGCACGCCGGCCAGGGCCGCCGAGCUGAUCCUGUACGCGACGGCGGCGGCCACGCCAGCUGCGCUGCCGCCGAUGCUGGUGGACGUUCCGAUAGCGAGGAAGAUGUCCUUGCAGCGGUUCCUCUCGAAGCGCAAGGACAGGUGCGUCCCCGAGGUCGAGAUGGCGCCGCCGCCGCCGCCGGCGAAGAAGGGCAAGACGGAAGCUUCCUCCUGGCUCGCCCUGGGUAGCUUAGGAGACAUGCACGCGCAGUGAUCGGAUUCAUCGCAUCAACAUGACAACAAUAACCUACGUACACGUGUACCGAGCUGCGACCUGUGGGAUGCAUGCAUGCUCCCCUCCGUGCGAGCGCGGUGUCUUAGUUUGAUCGUCGUACCCACGGCCAAGUACCCCACUAAAAUUGUUGAACUGCGUGAAUAUUUAUAUGCGCAUUGUAUGUUUCUUAAUUAGUAUGUACUACCUUGGUUCCAAUAAAUAAAUUUUUUCUUCUUCUAAAA